AUGAAGCGUGCACGCCAAGCGUAUGAAGAAGGGACUGAAGAGCGACGCGAUAAAAUCGUGAACUUCAUAGAGUCCCUGCAGUUCUCUGUUCCACUUUACCGUCUAAGGGAACAACAAGGACGUAAUCCUUGCCCAAAAUGUGGUAAGCGUCGGCAGUAUUACUGCUAUGAUUGUCUUAUUGUUGUUCAUCCAGAGAGUCACCCACCCCCUCUCUCGUUGCCGUUGAACGUAUAUGUGAUACUUCAUCCUGGGGAGCUGCGUGGGAAAAGUACCAGUCUGGCUGCUUCUACCAUUUCACCAGAUUUGCACAUUUUGGAGUACCCGGAGGUGCCUGCAGAUUUAGAACCCGAGUCGACACUCGUGCUGUACCCGAGUAGCCAGAGUACAGAACUAGGCGACAUAAAAGACUUGAAUUCUUUUAAAAAUGUUAUAUUUAUUGACAGCACAUGGCAACAAAGCAAAGCUAUUGCUCGUGAUGAACGUGUACACCGGUUCAAACAUGUACGAAUCAAAUCACAGACAUCCCUUUUCUGGCGGUUUCAAAACAAUGAUCCGAGUUACUUGGCAACUGUGGAAGCAAUCUAUUACUUCCUGCGGGAAUUUAUUACCCACAAGAAUCAGCGCUCUGGAGAAGGACCACCAUUUUAUCAUGGAGAAGUGGAUGAUCUGCUCUUUUACUACAUAAAUCAGUACAUCGCAGUACAACAGCGUUACAGUCACGAUAGUACAAAACAAUACACGACGAGACACUUUGACAGUUACAUUCUUCCCAGCUCCUCGUGGGAUGAUCUCGUAGCACCACCACCACCACCGCCGAAAUGA